AUGCCAAUCGCUUUGUGCGGCGGAGGCGGAGGCGGAGGCGGCGAUCUGGAUGUUGAUGAUAAGGAUUCGGAGGCUUUUGUAGAGUUGGAUCCAACAGGUAGAUAUGGGAGGUAUGAUGAAUUGCUUGGUUUAGGUGCUGUGAAGAAGGUUUACAGAGCGUUUGAUCAGGAAGAAGGAAUUGAGGUUGCUUGGAACCAAGUUAAAUUGGGUCAUUUCAGUCGUGAUCAACCCACCAUUGAUAGGUUAUAUUCAGAGGUAGUUCUAUUGAGGAAUUUAAAGCAUGAUAACAUCAUUACUCUUUACAAUGUAUGGAAGGAUAUGAGCAAAAACACUUUCAAUUUCAUUACUGAAAUUUGUACCUCUGGAAAUCUAAGGGAAUACAGGAAGAAACAUAAGCAUGUUUCUUUAAAAGCUUUGAAGAAAUGGUCUAAACAGAUCCUUAAGGGUUUGAACUAUUUGCAUUCGGAUGAGCCAUGCAUUAUUCAUAGAGAUAUUAACUGCAGCAAUAUCUUCAUCAAUGGAAACAUAGGCCAAGUUAAAAUAGGGGAUUUAGGUUUGGCUGCUAUUGUCGACGAAAGCCAUCGCGCUCACACUUUGUUGGGGACGCCUGAAUUCAUGGCUCCUGAGUUGUACGACGAGAGUUAUAAUGAAUUGGUGGACAUUUAUUCGUUUGGAAUGUGUGUGCUUGAAAUGGUGACACUUGAAGUGCCUUAUAGCGAGUGUGAUAGCAUUGCCAAGAUAUAUAAGAAGGUCACCUCUGGAGUGAGACCUCGAGCUAUGGACAAGGUUUGGGACUCGGAGGCCAAGGCUUUCAUAGAAAGGUGUCUUGCACAGCCGAUGGUGAGACCUUCGGCUGCUGAUCUCCUCAAAGAUUCUUUCUUUGACGAGAUUCGAAGCGACGAUGAUGAUGACGACGACAACUAAAUGCAAAUAGACUAUUUAUUGAGAGAAGUAAUUGAAUUGUAAACUUUGUUUAUUACUUUAUUCUCUCAUUUUUUGCUUGGCAUUGAAUUUUGCUACUUAGGGGUUGAAUUGUGGAUUUGCUUUCU